GUAUCUAUUGGCGACACCUCAGAGAGGGUCUAUUAACCACGCUUUAUUGCACGAAAGCCCACGGGAUAACUGUUAAACUUAAAGUGAUGUAACGAGGAGAAUUUAUUUACAUAGCAAGGAUGCCAAAAAAGCGUGGAAAAUAUCAGAAACAAAGUAACAGUGCACAAAAUGACAAGUUUAUGUAUAAUCCGAAAGAGGAGAUAGAAACUACAAAAGAGAAGAAUGUGACAAACUCAAGCCUUGAAACAUCAGUUUGUACCAAUGAAGAGAAGACUGAGCCAAUGGAGCGUACAGACCUAACAGAGACAGGAAGGACCAAAUACAGUCGAAGAAAAAUAACUAGUAACUGGAAUCGUUAUGAGAAAAGUACAUGUGAUAAUGAGAUAGAAGAAACAUAUCAGCAGAAGGGUGAAGAUUUUGAGGUGAUUCUAGGUUUUUCAGGUGAUUCAUCCAGCCAGUUGCGCCUACAAGAUGAAAAGGAAUGGGAUGAAGAUGUCAAUGAACAACCUGAUCUUGAUCUUCUGAAUAUUCAUUGUGAUAUUCUUGCCAGUACAUUGAAAUGUAUUCCUUUACACAAGAGACUUGGGCUCUCAGAAGAAUCUUUGACGCUAGAACUAAUUUCUAGGUUCCAACAAGUGGCAGACUGUAAUAAAUCUUCCAGGAAAGAAAAUCCUAAAAAUGCACACAAAUCACGACUUGCAACCAAGAUCAACAGAGAUGAAAUUAACAAAAACUUUUCUAAAAAACUGAAAGAACCGGUUAAUAAUGCAAGCAAUUCAUCAACUGGAAAAUCUGAAGCUGAUGUCUCAGAGCAAAAGAAUUCUAAAUUUAAAAAUAUGGAUGCCACUGAAAAUCUUUCCCUCUCAAAAAAUGUAAAAUCAGAGAGACACUUGUUGCAGUCCUUGUCAGCUUUAAGUUUGGAUACUGCAGAAACUUCCAACUCAGCAAAAGCAGUUCCAGCUCGUACUGAACUCAAUAUUUCAAAGACAAAAGAUAAAGAAAGAAGUUCUUUAACAACUGCAAAAGAUGAUGAUGAUGAUUUGGAAUUUCUUCUGUCUUUAAGUACACCAUCAAAUAGCAGUAUUUUUUCUGUUAACAAUUCAAAAAAGACUUCACCCAAUAUUGCAAGUUCUUCAUUCUCUGUUCUUCGCAUUGGUAAUGAAGAAAGUGCAAGAACAAAGAACACCGGUAUACCUGAGCCAAGUAAAACGUCCAUAGAAGACUGGCUAGAUAGCGUCCUAGAAGAUUAAAAACAUAAUUCGUAUAAAAUAAAAGUAUGAAGAACCAGCAGAGCUUAUUCAAGGACAAAUUUUCUUUUUCCUUAACUUGUUUUAAUGUAUUUUAUUUUCAUAUUACUAUUGUAUGUAUUGCACUUUAUGUUUCUGCUAUGAAGAUAUGGUAUAUCUAAUUCUAAAGUGCCAAUAUUCAUAAAUUAUAAAAUAAAACAAUGAAUAUGAAGCUUUUUAGUACUGAAUUAGUUUGUAUUUUUUUGUGUGUGUGAGAACUGGCACAUAAAGAGAUUAUGUUCAGA